UUAUAAAUAUACAAGCAGAGCUGGGAGUUAGGGAGCAGUGAGUCCAGGAGCCUUCAGGCCAGCUCCACCUGCCCACCAGGAUGAAGGUCUCCAUGGCUGCCUUCUCCUUCCUCAUCCUCACUACUGUGCUUGGAUCCCAGGCUCGGGUCAUAGAUGAGACAAGAGGACUUACGCUAUCAGAGCUUAACAUUGAAUCCUCAGAUCAUCGCUUUGUUACAGGCUUUCACCAACCUGCUGACUGCUGCUUCUCUUAUACACAACGAAGCAUCCGAUGUUCAUUCAUGAAAGCUUAUUUUGAAACAAGCAGUGGGUGCUCCAGGCCUGCUGUCAUCUUCCUCAACAAGAUAGGGAAACGUGUAUGUGCUGACCCCAGCAAUGUGAAAGUUCAGGAUUGCAUGAAAACACUGGGGAAGCAACCAAUAUCCAAGAACCCAGGAACAAUGCAACUUGCUUGAGGAAGAGACAAAAUGUGUCAGCCACUCCACCUCCAACUCUCUUGCCCCAACACCUCUUAUGAGUUUCUUGGUCUGUAUUUAGUUUAAGUACAUAAAUAAAUAAAUUUCUGGUCUGGUUGUAAACAUAAUGCA